AUGGCGGUGAGCAGAGACGAGAUCGUGAAGCCUCGAACGGACAAGAGGGAGUACAGAAGGAUCGUUCUCAGUAAUUCGCUUCAAGUUCUUCUCAUAAGCGAUCCAGAAACCGAUAAGGCAAGCUCUGCUGCUUCCAUGGACGUCGGCGUUGGUUCUUUCAGCGACCCCGUGGGACUCGAAGGCCUUGCUCAUUUCCUCGGUGCUGUUUCUUUCUUACAGCACAUGCUGUUUUAUGCUAGUGAGAAGUACCCGUUGGAGGAUAGCUAUUCCAAGUACAUCAGUGAGCAUGGCGGGCACACCAAUGCGUUUACUGAUUCUGAGCAAACCAACUACCAUUUUGAUGUCAACAGCGACUGUUUUGAAGAGGCUUUGGACAGAUUUGCUCAGUUCUUUAUUAAACCGCUCAUGUCAGCUGAUGCAACAACGAGGGAAAUUAAAGCUGUUGAUUCUGAGUGUCAAAUGAAUUUGUUGUCUGAUGCUUGGAGAAUGAGUCAGCUUCAGAAGCAUGUAAGCAAUGAAGGACACCCAUAUCACAAAUUCAAUAUAGGUAAUUGGGAGACUUUGGAGGUAAGACCAAAAGCGAAGGGGGUGGAUACAAGAGAAGAGCUGAUAAAAUUCUAUAAAGAACAUUAUUCAGCCAAUCUCAUGCAUCUCAUCGUAUAUGCCAAAGAAAGCCUUGAUAAGCUCCAAGGGGUCGUUGAGGAGAAGUUCCAGGCAAUUCCAAACCACGAGAGGAGCUGCUUCUCUUUCCCUGGUCAACCUUUCUUGUCAGAGCAUUUACAGAUACUAGUCAAAGCUGUCCCUAUACAAGAAGGACACGAGCUAAGAAUUUCAUGGCCAAUAACACCAUGGAUUCUUCACUACAAGGAAGGGCCAAUGCGUUAUCUUAGCCAUCUUAUUGGUCAUGAAGCAGAAGGAUCUGUAUUCUAUGCAUUGAAAACCUUGGGUGAGUAUAUCAUAUAUGUUAUCUGUGCAUCUUGAAGGCUUGUUAUUAUAUUAUUCAUUGUUUUUAUUUCUUUCCUUCUUCCUUUGCCGGCUCUUUGAGCACAUGCAGGAUGUUGUUGGGUUGCUAUUCAAAUACAUUAUGCUCUUGCAGCAGUCUGGUGUAUGCAAAUGGAUAUUCGAUGAGCUUGCAGCAGUUUCUCAGACAGGAUUCCAUUAUCGGGACAAAAAUGAUCCUAUUCAUUAUGUCGUGGGGAUUGCUUAUUAUAUGCAAAAAUAUCCCCCGGAAGAUUGGCUAGUACAAUCAUCUAUGCCUACUGAUUUCAAUCCGAGCACAAUCCAAAUGCAUCUUGAUCAGCUCUCUCAAGACAAUUUCCGUAUCUUUUGGAUCUCAAAGAACUUUGAAGCAGAAGCUCAGACUUUGGAGCCAUGGUUUGGAACUAGAUAUGGUAUCGAGAAAAUCACUAGCUCCACGAUUCAGGACUGGAUGCAAUCAGCUCCGGGCAAAAAACUGCAUCUUCCAGUACCUAAUGUGUUUGUUCCUACUGACUUGUCUGUUAAGGACAAAAAAGAGAAGGUCACGUGGCCAUCUCUUUUGAGAAAGUCAUCCUAUUUUUCAUUGUGGUACAAGCCGGACACAAUGUUCUUUAUGCCAAAGGCAUACAUAACAGUUGAUUUCAGUUGCCCUCUUGCUAAUGUUUCCCCUGAGGCCUCUGUUCUUACAGAUAUCUUUGCACAAUUGUUAAUGGAUUACUUGAAUGAGUAUGCCUAUUAUGCGGAAGUUGCUGGUUUAUACUAUUGGAUAGGCAACACAAACAGUGGUUUCCAGGUUACUGUGGUUGGUUAUAAUCACAAAUUGAGGGUUUUGUUAGAAACUGUUGUAAAGAAAAUAGCUACAUUUCAAGUCAAGCCUGACCGGUUCUUGGUGAUCAAGGAAACAAUGACAAAAGGAUAUGAGAAUUACAAGUUUCAGCAACCUUAUGAGCAGGCUAUGAAUUAUUGCUCUUUAAUACUUUAUGAUAAAGCAUGGCCGUGGAUGGAAGAACUUGAGGUUCUUUCUCAACUUCAGGCUGAUGAUCUUUCUAGGUUUGUACCAAUGCUGCUGUCAAGAGCCUUUUUGGAGUGCUAUGUUGCAGGGAACAUUGAACAAGAUGAAGCAGAAACGAUAAGUAAUCAAAUUGAAGAUACCUUUUUCAAGGGUCUGAACCCCAUAUGCCAACCAUUGUUCUCCUCUCAACAUCCAGCUAAUAGAGUUGUCAAGCUUGACCGGGGAAUGAGUUACAUCUAUCCGGUUGAAGGCCUAAAUACUAAAGAUGAGAAUUCGGCUUUACUGCAUUAUAUCCAGGUUCAUCGAGAUGACAUAAAGCUGAAUGUUAAGCUGCAGCUUUUUGCUUUACUUGCAAAGCAAGCAGCUUUCCACCAACUUAGAUCAGUUGAGCAACUUGGAUACACGACGUUUCUCAUGCGGAGGAAUGAUUCUGGUAUUCGUGGACUGCAGUUCGUUAUUCAAUCAACAGUCAAAGGUCCCGGCCAGAUUGAUCUCAGAGUCGAGAAUUUCCUCAGCAUGUAUGAAAGUAAACUACGGGAGAUGUCCAAUGACGAAUUCAAGAAUAAUGUGAAUGCGCUGAUCAACAUGAAACUCGAGAAAGUGAAGAACUUAAGCGAAGAAUCGUCCUAUUACUGGAACGAGAUUUCGGAGGGGACACUCAAGUUUGACAGGAAGGAAUGCGAGGUGGCAGCCCUGCGGCAGCUAACUCAAGACGAGCUGCUAGAUUUCUUCAACGACUAUAUAAAAGUUGGUGCACCUCAGAAGAGGACGCUCAGCAUCCGAGUAUACGGUAGUCCACAUUCGUCGGAGUUGGCAGCAGACAGAAGCCAGGAGCUCCCUCCAAACUGUGUCGAAAUCAAGGAUAUCCUCAGUUUCAAAAGAUCACAACCUCUCUAUGCUUCAUUCAAGGGUGGUGUCGGCCACAUGAAGCUGUAAGUGUCGUCUCAAUCCUGCCUGCAUUUUACCCAUAUGCCCGGCGACGAAAUCUAGCACUACAACUAUUUGUUUCCGGAAUUUAGCUGAAAGCCGGGGGCGUUCAGCACGUGCUGACACCACUGGAUUUCUCUCCUGUGCGUUUUCAGCCGUUGAAUCAGCAAGAUGGCGUUCUUAUACAUAACGACAUUUUGUUUGGUGCAACUACUGAGAACGCACGGGGCAAUCUAACAGCGUCAGCAGCGCCGAACCUCUCCCCCUGUCAGCCUAGCAGCAAGAUUUGAACAUUCAGUAUCUGUGAUUCUAUAGAAGAUUUGGUGGGUGUGUAUCCAUGAAACCUGUAAUGAUUGGGGGAUGAUGAGUAUGAUUCUAUGAUCGUCAAUGAUGACCAAUAUUACACUGAUGGCCAUAAAUAAAUAGGAUUAGUAGGACUUGAAGGAGACGGGGUAUGGUUUAUUAUUAAACAAGAACCUGUUUGAGCAAAACCUAACAAAAUCCAAAGCAUGCAACACGCAGGAUUGUGUUUUAGGGGUCGUUUAGAUGAGGGAUUUGGGGUAGGAUUUUACCCAAAUUCUCCAUUCGGUCGGAUUUUGAUGGAAUAACACGUAUUACAAUAUGAUGGAUUUUGAGAUUGGGAAUUUAGUAAACCUACAAGUGUGGGUAUUGAAAUACUUGCUCCC